AUGAAGAGGAAGCUCGGUCAUGACAUCGACGAUGGGAUACUCAAUGAAGGAGGCAGUGACGAGAGGCGGGCACCAGCAGCUAUUCAGAGGGCUGAACCUUCUCCGGACUGCUUCAAGCGGCUUGAAGAGUCGAAUUCCAUUACGCGUCUGAAUCAAGGUCACUUCGAAAACUUGCGCACAGAUACUCGGUUGCCUCCCAAAAUUCUUGGGGCAAUAUUCAAGCUCCUCCAAGAGGAAAAUGCAACUCAGCCUUUUCGAUCACCAUUCGAACAAACAAAGAACUUGCGCAACGCAAAUGCCUGGAUCGUCGUCUGCCACGUCUGCCAGUACUGGCGAUCGGUUGCUCGCAACAACAAAAUUCUAUGGCGCCGAAUCCCCCUCAUGGAUCGUUUGAGCAACCCAGCAGGUCUUGCCAAGACUUUUUUCGACCUUUCUGAUCCCCUUCUAGUCGAGUUUGAGCAUGAAGUUGGGUGGUUUGAGCAUGACGCUGCCUUCAUGUUCCAAUCAGAAGUUAAAGAAAGGUUCUACAUGGGCACAUUCUACGACACCUUAAUGCAGCACCCAGAUCGAAUUUCGGCUCUUUAUUUGCGAGGGGACUAG